ACCAUCUUGGAUCAUUUUUCACGGGUUGUUGACACGGGUAGAUCACGGCCGGUUGUGAAAGUGCUUCGCGAUGUAAAAUUAAUCACGAUUAAUUGCCGGAAAUAAGUAGUGGUUAUUUAGAAGCGAGAAUUAUAAGUGCGAUACCGGUCCAUUCGAGUAAUUCAGAUAUUCUACGAAUAUUAUAUAUGAAAAUGCGAAGAGAUUUGUGAAAAUAUAAGCGUCUGUCACGAGUAUAAUCAAUCUUGACAGAGUCAACAGUUAAAUCUUAUCGUAUUUAUUCGAAAUUUCUUCUAAGGAAGUAUCGUUCCAAGUGUUUCAUUUAUGUGAGAAAAACAGUGUCGUUUAGAAAUAGAAGAUAGAAAACAUACUGAAAACACAUCUUACGAAAAGAAAAUGGUUUCAUGCACAUGGUGACACCACUGGGUAUCAUAAAAAAUGACAAAUAUAAAAAAGAUAUAAAUGACAAUGGGCUGAAAUAUAUAUUAGACUAAAACUCUCAUCACUUUUAUACAAGAGGGAUACAGGGACAUAAUUAUGGCAACAGUAGAAGAGAAGAAACGAGUCGGUGGCUCAAAAGUUUCAGCCAUUGCGAAUAUCUUCCAAUCAAAACCGCAAUUGGAUAAUUUAAGCCACAGAACAAAUAAUAUUCUGUCAGAUGGUUUCAAGGAACCAACUGUGCCUUUAAAAGAAUCUCCUACACAAGUCACAGUUGUUAGGACCGAAAGCCAUGUAGCUCGUUUUAAUAACGCACGUGCGCUUUUUGAAAAACUUGGGGAAGAGAAUAAGCCAAACAAACCGGUGGAGAGGAUUACUAAACCGACUAAUUUACAUGGUUUGAGAUCGCGUUCGAGUUCUGCAAACUCCGGAUCGGGUUGUACUUCUCCCGCUAGAUCGCCGCGACCUAGGUCACCGUCGCCUCCAGGAACCAGAGAUCAUUUGAGCAAUUGGAGCGCGAGUGUGCCAGCCUUGAAUGCUGAGAAACACUUUGAGAACGGUCAUAAUCACGGCUUGGAUAAUGAUAAGCACAAAUCGCGAGCAGGUUUAGGAAAGUUUGACAAAAAUUAUGGCAAGGAAAAUCGUUUGGACGAUCGACCAGAGAAGCCGGAGAAACCAGAAAGGAGAUUGAAUUCGAAAGAGUUGAUAGAGAAGCAAAAGAACUGGACUAGCCAUUUCUCAAAGACAAGACCGAGCAGAUACAAUUCUGAUCCGAACCGGUCCGUGGUUCAAAGUUCGCUAAAUCAGAGUACGAAUAAAGCGAAUGUCGAAGCUUCCGUAGGACACGCUCAAAAUACGAGCAUCGAUCAUGAAACGAAAAGACCGACAGAUAUUUCUAAUCCAGCUACAAGAUCCGCGAGCUUCUGCUCUGUCAGAUCAUCGGCUAUAUCACCACCUCCACCGCCGCCACCGGCGAGGAACUCUUCAAACGCCAAGAAAGAAAGACCGGCCAGCAUCGCGGCUGUGUCUCCGUCAGAUAUUCCUAGUAGUCCAGAGUAUGCCACCAUAAACAAAUAUUUCGAUACUUCGCCAACUAUACCUGAAUACGCAGUUGUACAAAAGAAUACGAAUGUACAAAAUAAACAUUUCCAAAGAAAUCAAGAACAAAUCUCGAAGAACGUUGGCACACCUGCAUCAGACACAAUUAUACCAGAAUAUGCAGUAGUGCAGAAGAAUAGUGCAGCUAAAGCACAGAAGAAUGCAACUCAACAUUCAAAGACUGUUCACGGUUCCGAGGGUACCUGUUUACCUUCCAAGAAUACUCUUGCAAGUUCGAGUAUCGAUAUUUACUCGCAAACGAAAUCACAUGUUUCCUAUGAGAAAAAUUCUGACAUGUCUAGUCCAACGAGGAGUAUGUCAACAGAAAAUAUUAGUAGUAUGACAGUGGAGAGUAAGUCGAGGAAAGAGAACGAUUUGCUGGAUGCUCCUGAAUAUUUACAUUACCCUUCGAACGUCAUACGUUCACCGCCCAAAACCUCUGAGUGGAGAAACGAAUGGUUAGCCAAGAACGACGAAAUAUUGAAGAAGGCAGCGGAUCUAAAGUGUUCGAGAGAAGAUUUAGAGGUAAAAAAUGAAGUUGUAAGACCUGAUCCAAGACCUGACUGGGCCAGACCAAGUGUAAAGAAGAAAGAUAGCAUGACCGAGGAAAAGAAAAUAGAGCCGUCGAAAUCCCCGGACCCGGAAUUAAGACCACCUUCUGGAGGUACGGAUAGUGCAUCUUCUAGUAUGAGCUCCCCUAGCUCCCCUUCCAAGGAUAGUAAAGAAGAGAAGGCAGAUAAGGAAAUGUCAGAAAAAUUUCAAGCUGGUCGUAACAGUUAUGACUUGCAACCCGAAGAACAAGAAAAGCCCGCAGCCUACACUGAAUCAAUUGUUGAGAAGGACAGUUUAGAGAAAAAUUCAAGAUUCAACGAAACGGAUACCACGACGGUUAUCCGACGAUCUCACAUACGCGUUGAUCUUCAAGCUGCUGGUUUAGGACAACGGCCACCGUCCGUUGUUAGCUCGGAUCAAGAAUACCCACCUUUAGAACAUAAGGAUAUACCGAUACCUUCGCCAUACGCAAAGAAAAUGCAACAGAAUCAAGAAGCUGCUGCUCCGAACAAUGAAGUCAAGCCACAAAUAAAAACGCACAUGGAAGAAAGAAGCGAUUCAACGAAAAGUUGCCAUAAUAAAAUAUCUCAAGAUAGUAAUCAAGAUCAUGCACGAGUGAACUCAGUGAUUACAGAAGUAAAUCAAAAUAUAGUGUUAGAUAAUAAAUCUAAAUCAAAUGUCGUGAAUGAAAGACAUACAUUUCCCGAGAAUGUAUGUCAGAAAACAGUAUCCAAUGCCAAAAACGAUCAGAUUAAGAUCUCUGUACGGGAAAAACUUGCGAAGAACAAGGAGGAAGUGUCUGGGAAACGUUCAAGCUUCGCCGAAAUGGAUAAUAAAGUGGAUCAAACGGAGAAACCCAUUUUGAAUGCGAGUCAGUGUUCAGUAGUUUCAAAUGUUCAUAAUACCGAGAACUUGGCAGACAAGUUGACUGGCAAGGAAGCAGACGUAGAUGAUCCAUCUAAAUUCGUAUCGAAGACAGGUAGCAGGAAGGAGUACGUAACAUUGGCUGGAGAUGCAGUACUACCGUCUGUGAUCAGUUCCCAAGCAGUAAGCAGUAUCGUGAAUAGAAGUACGGAACAAUUAGAGCAACCGCAAACUACGUGGGAACAAGAGAAACAGAAAGCUGAACUGGCGAAGAUGAGAUUACAAGAAAACGCGACCCAACAAAACGUAUCACCUGCAAUCGUAAAUCAGCAGCACGUAGAAAAGAAACAAUCGAAUGAAUAUAUCGUGUCGGAGAGUAGCACGCACGAAGACAGUGAUUCUAGUGAUACAAAAACUAUUACAAAUCUUGAACAUGUACCAGCGAUGGACGCGAAAAAUGCAGCGGAACAGAAUCAUUCGAAGAGCGCGAUUCAAGAAAUUUCCAAAGCUACUGCGCAUCAAACGAUUCCUAUAACACCUGACACUAUGACAGCUGAUGAAGCAGAAAAUCUGCUAAGCUCGCGCAUCCUAGAGAAAAAGAUACGACAAGGAUCAGCUCUGUUGUCCGAUGAGGAGGCACAGGAAAUAGCAAGACUGUUAUCACCCGCCACGCACGCUGAAGUUGUAAGUGAAGAAAAUUCUGUUGAUAAAACUAGAGAAAUGGACAAAGAGAAGGAAAGGGAUGAUCAAGACAAUACACCAGAUUGGCUUUCCGAUGUGUUAUCCGCACCCGAUACCAGUCUUAUUAAUAGCACCACUAAUGAUUAUAGUUUGUCUCAUAGAUCACGUAGCGAUUUAACGAUAGACUCGUUGACAGAGAGUCAAGUGAGUUCUGUAACGGGUAGUGAAAGCGGACUGCUCGGAUCUGUUAAUAGUUUAAAUGAUACCUAUGAAAGUAACGAUGAUACGGAAACGGAACAUCAAGAAGAAUACGUUCCCCCGACACCAGGCAAAGUUGUACUCAUAGAGAAUGGUGUACAUUAUUUCGAGGAUGGUCAUUUCUGGAUGGAAGUUGCCGGGAUACCUGAAUCGGAUGAUGAGAAAGAAGAUUACCCGAUAGAAAUACCUGUUAAAAAAAUGUCUAAAGUUUCGUUCGACACGAAACCAAUGAGAGUUUAUUCAACGCAUUCAGUAAACGAAUACGAUCGACGAAAUGAGGACGUGGACCCUGUUGCUGCCAGUGCAGAGUACGAACUAGAAAAGCGAGUUGAGAAAAUGGAGGUAUUCCCGGUAGAACUUAUGAAAGGUCCGGAAGGUCUUGGAUUAAGUAUUAUCGGAAUGGGUGUCGGUGCGGACGCGGGCCUGGAGAAAUUAGGCAUAUUCGUGAAAACCAUUACGGAGAAAGGUGCAGCUGCGCGAGAGGGCAGAAUACAAGUAAACGAUCAAAUCGUCGAAGUGGACGGAAAAUCUUUAGUUGGCGUAACACAAGCGUACGCGGCUAGCGUGCUUCGUAACACUUCGGGUCUUGUGCGGUUUGUGAUCGGUAGAGAACGUGAUCCAAACUCAGAAGUAGCUAUGUUAAUUCGACAGAGCCUUCAGGCGGACAAAGAAAGAGAACAAGCUAAUUCUGCUAGAAAACUGAAUUUCUCGGAUGCGUCACCCGAUGGGCAACGAGGUGGCGAAGAGAUCUCUUCCGGAGGCAUGAGCGGCAUACCCGGUUCUCCGGCUAUGUCAUCCUGCUCGGAAGGAGAACCUCCGCAUAGCCCUAUAGAAAACUAUUUAUCAUCUUCUGGGCGAAGUAGAUCUCCUAUCAUCAGUUCAUCGAUGCCACAACACGGAUCUGCUACAACGCAAAGCGAUGUUGAUAGUUUAAGACUACUUUUACAGGAGAGUCAAUAUAAACUAGCAUUAGCUGAUGGCGAGGUGGAAAAGCUCAAAGCUAAGCUCGUAGACUUAGAGAACAGUGGAGCUGGUAGCGAGGAGUACGCAGCGAAGUUACGCGAGUCCGGCUUGAGACUUCACGAAUCUGAAAGAACUUUAACCGCCGCUAGACAAGAUUUGACAGCUACACGGGAAAUGCUUUCUCAAGCAACGGCACAAAACGCCGCUUUACAACAAAAGUAUGCUCGAGCCAGGAGAGCAGCUCGCGAAUUACGCGCGGAUAUCGCCGCCAGAGAUGAGUUUUAUCAGCAAUUAUUGCAGGAAAAAGAUACCGAAUACAACGCUCUUGUAAAAAGCUUGAAAGACCGGGUAAUUACGUUGGAAGUCGAAUUAACAGAAACGCAAAGAAGAUUUGGUUUACCAGCAAGAUUACCGUAUGACGGAGCUACGGCUAGAAUCGUAACGCCGCAAUUAUCACGUCGACAAUUACCACCUCCUCCCUCGUCGAGUAACUGUCAACUUUCCGACACAGAAACGUCGGAUCUUAGUAGUCCGGAUGACGGUGAUAAGACAGCGACUGUCGAAAGGAAGUUACCGCUUCCAUUACCAGUCAAAGAGGAAUUGGACCGAGCGGUACCCGCUCAUCGACUCCUUGACAAUUCUGCUGGGAAGAGUAAAGCUGAACUUGCCAGCAGAGGAGGGCUAGCCAACCGACAACUUCCUAAACGAUCGGGUGGCCUUAGCAAUAGCAGUUCUGACUAUGGUUUGGACGAAUCUGGUGACAAUACCGACGAAGACUCAUCUUCGAAAUUAAUUUCCCAAGAAUCGAGUAGUAGAUCACCGAAUGACUUAACAUCCAAACAGUCAAAUUUGAGUUCCUAUUCUAGUACUUCCUCGAUUGGUUCUCUGAAAAGCAAACACAUGGAACCCACGCAUCCUACAACAAUCCGACAGCACAGCACCAUCAGUUCACAAGUUAGAGCUAUGACGGAACAGAGUUGGUCGCAAUCUCAGAAAAAUCUAACUGGACCACCAGCUUCAUUUGCAGAACAAUUGGAACAGGUUUUAGCUGAAAGAGAAAGACGACUCGGAGGAAACGAUAUGUCUUCGUCCAGAGAAAGUUCUGGGGACUUCAGCGAUUUAAAUAAUCCACACGCAAGUGACCCAGCAUUGGUUACUCAUCAUUUAGUGGAAGAAAUACGUCAAGCUGUAAACGAGGCCAAUCAAAGAGGUAUUGAAUAUGUUCAACCUCGUACAACUACGGUCAAUCGUUCACAUAUUUUUACAGUGAAAAAAGCUACUAUUCCUUCGUCGAAUUUAAUUGGAGGCAGUUCAACACCUUGGCAUCAUCCAGGUAGUUCACCCUCUAGUCUGUCUUCUGGUGGAUCAGUGAGCCCACCUGCCGUUGAUCCCAGUCCAUCAAAAACAGAUACGAGUGAAGUUUGGUUGCCUCCUCAUCCAAGCGACUUUGGUUUAGGUGACAAGAAAUCCCAUUUCUGGCAGAACGCUCCAGUUACCGAUUGGUCCAAAGAACAAGUGUGUCAAUGGUUGUCGGGAAUCGGUUUGGAAGUUUACGCGUCACGAUUUUUGGAUACUGGAAUUAAUGGUGGGAACCUUUUGCGACUGGAAUCCCGCGACUUGAAAGCUUUCGGCAUGUACGGUGAACAGAAGUGUCAUUUAAAACGGAAACUGAAGGAGCUAAGAGCGCAAGCGGACCGGGAGCGCAAGGAGAGGAAAGAAAUGGAACGAAUGCGGCGAAAAGCGGAAAAAGCUGCGCGGAAGAAAUAGUUUGUGCGUACAUUACUGUACUUAUGUCUUCUAUAGAAACGCAAUAACUGCACAAAGAAGUUGAUGAGAUAUUCAAAUUUUCUGUACGAUAUUCCAGUGAUAUUCGUAAUGUAUUUUAACAUCUUCCGUCUCUAUUUAAUUCUCUACAUAAGCAGUCACAGUUUACUAAAUGUUCUCGUUCGGAUUACAUUCAAUCCGAAAUCUUGGACACUUGAUUAUUUAUAUCCAUUGUAUAACGUUUUGAUCUUCAGAUUUUUGCAUUUAUUUAUAAUCCUUUGUAUUCAUGUUGCUUCAUUGUUCUUGUAAUAUUUGUAGUAAUUAUUAUUUAUAAAGUAACAAUGAAUACAGCUAGAUAAAGAGAACGUAUGACAGAUCUAUCAUGCCAGACGUAUGCAUGUAAUAUGUGUGUAUAAAAUCCAAGUCAUUUUAGAUAAAUUGUAAUAAAACUUGAUCUACAAUUUUUUUACAAUUGUAAGUAUACUUUUAUAGGCAUAAGUUUCAUGUUAUUAGAAUAUAUCGUUUCUGUAUUUAUUUUUACUAUCGAUUUAAUUGUAACAAUUUUUCAUAAGGAACAAUAUAAAUCCUGGUAAAAUAGAGUCUUAGAGUGUGUAACUAUCGCUGAGAAGAGAAGUGACUGUCCUUUAAUAUGUAUGUACAUCAUAAAAUAUCAACGAAUUUGUAAUUAUCGAUACGGUACGCGUUAUCAAUUCCAUUGUAGAUUAAUCAGAUCGCGAUAUAUAGUCCAUCUAAAUUUGCUCAGUAAUUAAAGCAUAACUAGAAAACCUUUUUUAUUCAAUAUCAAAUAAAGUAUUAGUACAUUUCUAUUAUGCCACCGCCUUGAUAUUUAUAUUAAAAGUCUUUCUUCAUUUUAGUCGUGACAGCGUUUACAUUAUUGUAUUAUAACUUGCGUAUUAAGCUCGCACAACGUCGGUUUUAUUGCGACGCUAAUUAUUCAAUUAUGUGAUCAAUUUCCUUAACGUUUUUUAUAUACUUCCAUACAUUCCAUGCGAGACCUUUACACGAUUGUAUCGUUAUUAACGUACUACAGUAAAGAAGAAGAGUACUAUCCUUCGAGCAGAGUCCCUGCGAAUACAUCGCGUAUCGAACAAUGUAUGUUAAUAUUAUACUAGUAUCCUAACAUUCAAAGUACUUGUCCAACUGAUUUAAUGGGACUCGCUCGAGUACAACAUAGACAUGGAGGAAUGUACUUUGUCGCGCGUAUAAUUAUAAUUAUUUAUAACAGCAUAAAAAGUUUUUGUACAAUGUUAAGUACUUUGUUGUUCCUUCACAUCUGUUCUGAAUGUUAAAUGUUUUUCUUCUUGGAAGAAGAAUUUCUUCUACAUAGGGCAAUUAAAUAGACAAAGUAUUUAACAUUGAUGCGCACAGUGUACAUAUAUUAUAUAAUGAAUUAAUAUUAUAAUCUUAAUCGAAUGGAUUACGAUGUAAGGCGUGUAAGAGGCAUAACUAUCGUAGUGUCAUAAUAUCUUUAGAGGGUAUAGUUUUUAAUUUCGUAAGUUAAGCGCGUUUAUCGAAGGUCCUCCAAUUUUUAAUAACACUACUAUGUGUCACGGUAUCUGUGAAAGUAAUUGAUUAUUGUUAUUUUUGUUGUUAUGUACAACGAAAUGUGGGAACUGAUCAAAGGAUACGAUGUAACAUUCUUGCGUCUCAGGGUAAUUGUCAAUAUAUUUCGAAAUAUACGUGUGUUCAAUGACUGAGAAGAAAAUUUCGACAGACACUGAAACGUCCUGCAAUUCGUUUUUAAAAUAACUAAGUAUUGUGAUUUCGCAUGAGCAGACGUUUUAUAAAAAAAAGAAAAGGAACCGACUGAUUUACAAUAAGUUUUUGUAGUUGAUUUUCAGUGGCUUAUGUACGAUGUAUAAUGAAAUGCCAUUUGUCCAAAACUAUAUUGUAGAAACGAUACUUAUAUACCCUAUGGAGCUGCAUAAUAUCUAAAUGUUUUUCAUACAUUUUUCAAUCGUUUUCGAAGUGUUGCUCACACGGAAAGGAUAUACACAGUUCCACGGAUAAAGACACAGUACAUCAGUUGUGUAAUCGGCAGCUUUUUAAAUAAUCUAUGAAAAGUAUUGUCAACAGCAAAUACUCUUAAACGUUUUAAUUAAAAAGUAAUUCGUACAGUA